CCCGCCUUGGGAGAGCCCCGGCCGGCCGGCUUGCAGCGAUGGCAGCCUGCGAGCUCUACACCAAGUACGCAAGGAUUUGGAUCCCUGAUCCAGAAGUAGUCUGGAAGUCAGCAGAACUUCUGAAAGAUUAUAAACAAGGAGACAAAGUCCUCCAUCUUAAACUUGAGGAUGGCAAGGAUCUUGAAUAUAAGCUUGAUCCUAAAACCAAGCAGCUCCCACCCUUGCGAAACCCAGACAUACUUGUGGGCGAAAAUGACCUGACUGCGCUCAGCUAUCUCCACGAACCUGCUGUUCUCCAUAACCUCAAAGUUCGAUUUAUAGACUCAAAACUCAUUUACACAUAUUGUGGCAUAGUCUUAGUGGCCAUAAAUCCUUAUGAACAGCUGCCUAUCUAUGGGGAAGAUAUCAUCAAUGCAUACAGCGGCCAGAACAUGGGGGAUAUGGACCCACACAUAUUUGCUGUGGCGGAGGAGGCAUAUAAACAAAUGGCAAGAGACGAACGGAACCAGUCAAUCAUCGUAAGUGGGGAAUCUGGAGCCGGAAAGACAGUCUCUGCUAAGUAUGCAAUGAGAUAUUUUGCCACUGUAAGUGGGUCUGCCAGUGAAGCUAAUGUGGAAGAGAAAGUAUUGGCUUCCAAUCCUAUAAUGGAGUCUAUUGGUAAUGCCAAAACCACACGGAAUGACAACAGCAGUCGGUUUGGGAAGUACAUCGAAAUUGGUUUUGAUAAGAGGUAUCGAAUCAUUGGCGCUAACAUGAGAACUUACCUCCUAGAAAAAUCAAGAGUGGUGUUCCAGGCAGAAGAAGAGAGAAAUUACCAUAUCUUCUACCAGCUUUGUGCUUCUGCAACUCUGCCUGAAUUUAAAACGUUGCGAUUAGGGGAUGCAAACUAUUUUCAUUAUACAAAGCAAGGGGGCAGUCCUGUGAUUGAUGGGAUUGAUGAUGCCAAGGAGAUGGUGAACACCCGUCGGGCUUGCACUUUGCUAGGUAUUGUUGAUUCCUAUCAGAUGGGAAUUUUCCAAAUCCUUGCCUCUAUUCUUCACCUGGGCAAUGUGACAUUCACAUCUCGAGAUGCUGACAGCUGUACAAUACCACCCAAACAUGAGCCCCUCAGCAUCUUCUGCGAUCUCAUGGGAGUGGAGUAUGAACAGAUGGCUCACUGGCUUUGCCACAGGAAACUCGCAACAGCUACCGAGACCUACAUCAAGCCAAUUCCCAAACUGCAGGCCAUCAAUGCCAGGGAUGCCCUUGCGAAGCACAUCUAUGCGAAUCUCUUUAACUGGAUUGUACAUCAUGUGAACAAAGCUCUGCAUUCAACCAUGAAGCAGCACUCUUUCAUUGGCGUCCUGGACAUCUAUGGGUUUGAGACAUUUGAGAUCAACAGCUUUGAACAAUUUUGUAUAAAUUAUGCCAAUGAGAAACUGCAGCAACAAUUCAAUAUGCACGUCUUUAAGCUGGAACAAGAAGAAUACAUGAGAGAACAAAUUCCAUGGACCUUGAUUGAUUUCUAUGACAAUCAGCCUUGUAUUAACCUGAUAGAGGCCAAAUUGGGCAUUUUGGAUUUGCUGGAUGAGGAAUGCAAGAUGCCUAAAGGUUCUGAUAAUAGUUGGGCCCAGAAACUGUACAAUACUCAUUUGAAUAAAACCGUACUCUUUGAGAAGCCCCGGCUAUCAAACAAAGCUUUCAUCAUCCAACACUUUGCCGACAAGGUAGAGUAUCAGUGUGAAGGGUUUUUGGAAAAAAACAAGGACACCGUCUAUGAAGAACAGAUCAAAGUUUUGAAAUCAAGUAAGCUUAAGAUGCUGUCUGAGCUGUUUCAGGAAGUGAAGGACAUCAGCCCCACUUCGGCAACGCCCUCUGGCCGCACACCAUUGUCUCGAACAGCAGUUAAACCAGCCAAGUCUAAGACAGCCCAAACAAGCAAAGAACAUAAGAAAACAGUGGGCCAUCAGUUCCGAAAUUCACUGCAUCUCCUGAUGGAAACUCUUAAUGCCACAACUCCACAUUAUGUGCGGUGUAUUAAGCCAAAUGACUUCAAAUUUCCAUUCAUGUUUGACGAAAAACGGACCGUACAGCAGCUUAGAGCUUGUGGUGUGCUGGAAACCAUCCGAAUUAGUGCUGCAGGUUUCCCCUCAAGGUGGACGUAUCAAGAAUUCUUCAGUCGUUAUCGUGUCCUGAUGAAACAAAAAGAUGUCCUUGGGGACAGGAAGCAGACGUGUAAAAACGUCUUGGAGAAGCUGAUUCUGGACCAGGAUAAGUACCAGUUUGGGAAAACGAAAAUAUUUUUCCGUGCUGGCCAAGUAGCUUAUUUGGAAAAAAUCAGGUCUGAUAAAUUGAGAGCCGCUUGUGUCCGCAUCCAGAAGACCAUCAGGGGGUGGCUGAUGAGGAAGAAAUACCUCCGCAUGAGGAAGGCGGCCAUCACCAUUCAGAGAUACGUCAGAGGGUACCAGGCACGAUGCCUUGCCACCUUUCUUCGAAGAACCAGAGCAGCCAUCAUUAUUCAGAAAUUUCAGCGGAUGUACACUAUUCGCGAGCGAUAUCGUCUUACACGAGCAGCCAGUGUGGUUCUCCAGUCGUAUUUACGAGGAUACAUUGCCAGGAAACAAUACCGAAAGAUGCUUCGGGAGCACAAGGCUACUGUUAUUCAGAAGCAUGUGCGUGGCUGGCUGGCGCGCUUGCACUACCAUAGGGCUAUGGAGGCGAUUGUCUACCUGCAGUGCUGUUACCGGCGCAUGAUGGCAAAACGAGAGCUGAAGAAGCUGAAGAUAGAGGCACGCUCUGUGGAACACUACAAAAAACUCAACUUUGGCAUGGAGAACAAAAUCAUGCAACUCCAGCGUAAAAUUGAUGAGCAGACCAAAGACUCCAAAUCUUUACUUGAGAAGCUGAGUAGUCUAGAGCUGGCAUACAGUUCUGAGACAGAGAAGCUGAAGAGUGAUGUUGGGAGACUUAAAAUGAGUGAGGAAGAGGCCAAGAACGCCACCAACCGGGCCCUGAGCCUUCAGGAGGAGAUCAGCAGGCUGCAGAAGGAACUGCACCAAACUCAGUCUGAGAAGAAGACGAUCCAAGAAAAGGCAAAUAUAUAUAAAAUGGAAACAGACCAGUUGGUGCUGGAACUGAAAGAGCAAAACACACUGCUUAAAAAAGAAAAGAAUGAGCUGAACCAGCGUGUCCAGGACCAAGCCAAAGAGAUGACAGAUGCCAUGGAGAAAAGGCUUAUUGAAGAGACAAAACAGCUGGAGCUGGAUCUGAACGAUGAGAGGCUGCGGUAUCAGAAUCUGCUCAAUGAGUUCAGCCGGUUAGAGGAGCGAUAUGAUGAUCUGAAGGAUGAGAUGAAGCUGAUGGUGAACAUUUCUAAACCUGGGCACAAGAGGACAGAUUCCACACAUAGUAGCAAUGAAUCGGAAUACACUUAUAGUUCUGAAAUCACAGAGGCUGAAGAGUUUCCCAUGAGAACGGAGGGACCAAGUGAAAAGAAGGCACCCCUGGACAUGUCUCUAUUCCUCAAGCUACAAAAACGAGUUACCGAGCUGGAGCAGGAAAAGCAAUCCUUGCAGGAUGAACUGGACAGGAAGGAGGAACAGGUUCUUCGGGCCAAGGCCAAGGAAGAAGAAAGGCCCCAGAUGAGAGGAGCAGAGCUGGAAUAUGAAUCACUUAAGCGUCAAGAGCUUGAAUCAGAGAACAAGAAGCUGAAGAACGAGCUGAAUGAGCUGCGGAAGGCCUUGAUAGAAAAGAGUGCUCCAGGUGUCACUGCACCAGGUGCCCCGGCAUACAGGGUCCUCUUGGAUCAGAUGACCUCAGUAAGCGAGGAGCUGGAGGUCCGCAAGGAAGAGGUCCUCAUCCUCAGGUCACAACUGAUGAGCCAAAAAGAGGCCAUUCAGCCAAAGGAUGAUAAGAACACCAUGACAGAUUCCACAAUCCUUUUGGAGGAUGUACAGAAGAUGAAGGACAAAGGAGAGAUAGCCCAAGCAUAUAUUGGUCUGAAGGAGACAAACAGAUCAUCUCUUCAGGAUUACCAUGUGCUGAAUGAGGACGGAGAGCUGUGGCUGGUAUAUGAAGGGCUAAAACAAACCAACAGGCUCCUGGAAUCUCAACUGCAGACCCAGAAGAGGAGCCACGACAAUGAACUGGAAGCCCUCCGUGGCGAGAUUCAGAGUCUGAAGGAAGAGAACAAUCGCCAGCAGCAGCUGCUGGCGCAGAACCUGCAGCUGCCCCCGGAAGCUCGGAUAGAAGCCAGUCUGCAGCACGAGAUCACCCGGCUGACUAAUGAAAACUUGUAUUAUGAGGAGUUAUAUGCAGAUGACCCCAUGAAGUAUCAGUCGUACCGGAUUUCACUUUACAAAAGGAUUAUUGAUUUAAUGGAGCAGCUUGAAAAACAGGACAAGACAGUUCGCAAGCUGAAAAAGCAGCUCAAAGUAUUUGCCAAAAAGAUUGAUGAACUUGAAGUUGGUCAGAUGGAGAACAUUUCCCCUGGACAAAUAAUUGAUGAGCCAAUUCAUCCUGUGAAUAUUCCAAGGAAAGAAAAAGAUUUUCAAGGAAUGUUGGAAUACAAGAAAGAGGAUGAACCAAAGCUUGUCAAAAAUCUUAUUUUAGACUUGAAGCCACGUGGGGUAGCAGUCAACCUCAUCCCAGGUCUGCCAGCAUACAUUUUGUUUAUGUGUGUCCGUCAUGCUGACUACCUGAAUGACGAUCAGAAAGUGAGGUCCUUGCUGACUUCCACGAUUAAUGGCAUCAAAAAAAUUUUGAAGAAAAGAGGUGAUGAUUUUGAAACAGUGUCCUUCUGGCUGUCUAACACCUGCCGUUUCCUACACUGUUUGAAGCAAUACAGUGGCGAAGAGGGAUUUAUGAAGCACAACACAGCUCGUCAGAAUGAACAUUGCCUCACCAAUUUUGACCUUGCAGAGUACAGACAAGUAUUGAGUGACUUAGCCAUUCAGAUCUACCAGCAACUUGUCAGGGUGUUAGAAAAUAUUCUGCAGCCAAUGAUCGUUUCAGGAAUGCUGGAGCAUGAAACUAUCCAGGGUGUGUCAGGAGUGAAACCAACUGGUCUCCGAAAAAGGACCUCCAGCAUUGCAGAUGAAGGGACAUACACGCUGGACUCUAUCAUCCGACAGCUGAACACCUUCCACUCGAUCAUGUGUCAACAUGGGAUGGAUCCAGAGCUGGUCAAGCAGGUAGUCAAGCAGACAUUCUACAUCAUCGGCGCUGUAACCCUCAAUAACCUACUCCUGCGAAAAGAUAUGUGUUCAUGGAGCAAAGGAAUGCAGAUAAGAUAUAAUGUAAGUCAACUUGAAGAAUGGCUGCGUGACAAAAAUCUGAUGACCAGUGGGGCUAAAGAAACUCUGGAGCCUCUCAUUCAAGCAGCCCAGUUGUUGCAGGUGAAAAAGAAGACGGAUGAAGAUGCAGAGGCCAUUUGUUCAAUGUGCAAUGCCUUAACUACUGCGCAGAUUGUGAAGGUUUUGAAUUUAUAUACUCCAGUUAAUGAGUUCGAAGAAAGAGUGACGGUGUCUUUUAUUCGGACGAUACAGAUGCGCAUGCGGGACAGAAAAGACUCUCCUCAACUGUUAAUGGAUGCUAAACAUAUUUUCCCCGUUACUUUCCCGUUUAAUCCAUCAUCCCUUGCAUUAGAAACUAUCCAGAUUCCAGCAAGUUUGGGUCUAGGAUUUAUCACUCGUGUCUGAAUCAAGUGUACAUUUAGUUAUCAAUCAUGAGUUUUCUGCCUGUAAUUUCACAUAAUGAAAAUUAGGUUUCUGGAAAACCAUUUGGGGAAGGGGGGGAUGGAAAUAUUGUAGAUGUCCUAAACCUAGCAAGUAGCUAGAAAGCUGCAAGUCUGUCUUAUAGCUGGAAGGCUGAUAGAAAUGUAUACAUUUGUAUAAAUCAUUCAUGUGCAUGAAUAAAUCAUUAUUCAUGUUCAGAGUUAGGAUUGGUUUUUUAGUUCAUACCAAAUGUUUUUUUUUCUUCUCUGCUGGUCAUAAGCUGGCUCAUAUUUGAAUCUGGACCUGGAGACAGUCUAUGACAAGGCCAAUUUGGAGCUUAUUCCUUUCUUCUGGGAUCAGAACUGGACCAUUCUGUGGCUAUUGGGCAAGAGGGAUCCAAUUAGGAGCCACCUGAAAAGGCAGUUUCUCAGUUUAAGAAGACUGAGGGCCAGUUCAUGCCUUGCAAAUUCAGAGUGUACUCCUGCUGUGCUUGAAGUAGCUACCAGUGGCAGCCCCCCCACCACCCGUGCGUACACGUGGCAGGAGAGAGGGGGGAAAGCUGCCAUUACGGAUAGCUUCAUUGUACACUCUCAGUCCAUGACAUGAUUCUGACUCUCAUUUUGAUAGCGAACCUACAGCUGAGGGGAUGUUUUAGCACAUUUAAUUGUAACUAAGUCAUAUGUGAUCUAAUCAUAGGACCAGGAAGGACAGAGAAAAUAAUGUAAGAUUUUUAGUGAAUUUAUAUAAUGAUUUUAGUGAAUUAUAUAAGCAUUUAGGGAUAUCUUCUAUAUGAGAUGUUAGAGACUGGAAAAUAAACUGGCAAUAGAGGGAAACAAUUAAUGAAGCAUUUGGACUGCACAAGACCCAUUCAAGUAAACAAGAGUACAGUUACACUGCUGAGCAAUUCCCAUACACUUCUGUGGGGUGUGCACCAUAGAAAUUCACAGUAGACUGCACCCCAAGAGGUAACCUGUCAAACAGCUUCCCUAUUUAUGUCACUGUUGACAAAUAAUUUAUGUAUUUUGGCUUACUGUGUGGUACAACAUAGCUGUUUAUUAAUUAGUACUAUUUCAAAACAUUUAUCAAAAAUGCUGCUGUGUGCUGUGUUCUUUUAAAUGUAUGAUAAUAAUAUUCUUUAGGCAAGAGAAAAAGUAAAAAAAAAAGAAAGCAACUUGAAUAAGUCCAGUCUUUCAAUAGGAUUUAUGCAAGUGUCAAGGAAUAUCACUAGUAAUGGGAAACGGUAACUAAGCACAAAUUACAGAAAGCUGCAUAAAAAAUAUGUUUACUAAAGUAUUCAAACCUUUGAGUUCAAUGAACAAAACCCAGUCAUGUAUUGUUUUGGUAUUUAUUUAUCACCGUUGUGUUUGUCAGUUUUUCACCUUUGUUGUUGUUUUUUUAUUUCCAGUGGUAAUGGUGAGGUGUAUGUUUUGAAGUAAUACUAUUUCAUUUGGGGUUGGGGAGUAUGGUAUAAUCUUCAAUGCUUAGCCAAAGAAGGAAUUCUUUCCCCCUAAAAUCACUUAAAUAUCUUGCUACAUAUUUAAUAUUUAAAAUGUUAAGCAAAUCUGAUCUGGAUGCACUUUUAAAUCAUAUUCUCCUUCUCUGAAUAUUUAACUGGAUGUGACCAGAACAAAGUUAAUGCUUGAUGUAAAAGAUACUUGCCAAGAUCAUACACAUUCAGUCAGUUUUGCCUUGCUGUGGAGCUGACAUUUCAAAAUGUUUGUUGAGCCUUGCUCCGUGUUUUCCAGUCCUUGUUUUCUUUCUUUUAAAUGUGAUCAGUGAUGAUCGGAUAUACAAAGCAAGAAUUACAUUAUUUUGAAAUUUGCCAUGUGCAAUAUUUUAAUGUAUUAUAGCAACUGUAAUGUAUAUUUAUUUUAAAACAUAUCUAUGUGCUGCACAGGCCUAUUGUUAAAAUUAUCUGGUACUGGAAAUAAUUUCCCCGCAGAUCCUUAGAAACGAUGUUGCUAUUGCUUGGGAAGACCAGAAUGUCCCAGGUUUUACACAAGAUAAGUGUGCAAUUUGUACAUGAGUACCGAUAAAGUAAAUAAAGUGAGCUUCAAUUUUGUUACUACUGUUUUUUUAAAAAAAUGAGAGUGAAGUAUGGAGGUGAAUGCCUGUAUGAAUAGUUGCUUAAACAUUUGGGUUACCUACAUUAAAGCAUUAUUGUUUAAUCAGUUUUCUUAUUUAUAAUAAACGGAAAGGUCUUUACUUGAAUAUGCUUAUAUCUGGCACUAAGUCUAUAAAAUGACUUUCAACAAGGCAUGCUACUUUUAGAACUUCCGUAGAAUGCUCUGUCCAAAAACCAAACCAAAACCCCAUCCUCUGUGGCUCUGGCCAGAUAUGGCUCCUUCUUACCAAGAUGCACGGGGCAAAGGAAGGAGAUGUAGAAACAAGACCCCACUGGCCUACAGGAAGCCUUGAAUUACCCUAGCCUCAGCUGAUCAUGGCUCAUUUAAUUAUAGUGGAAUGCAUUAACUUUUCUCACUUUCUAUGGCUUCCUAGUAUAUCUUAAGCUGUGAUGUUAAGUAGUAAUUAAAAUAGCUGCAUUUUAAAAAUUAAAAACCCCAACUGUACAAAAUACGCCACAAUCUACAGUAUUUUCCUACUGCCCCCAUUUAACUAACUUCAUCUUAGUGGAAGAAUUUCUCCCCCAAGAAACUUAAUUACUCCAGAGAUUGCUUAUUUUUUCAGUUUGUUUACUUGUAAUAAAACUGUACUGUAUCUUGUUUACUUACAAAAGUAGUAGAUGUUUAUAGGCAUUAUCCUUAUAUUCAGUAAUUUUACCAAUGUUACUUUCUGUCACAUUAAAAUUCUAUGCUGCUUGACAUGUUUUAAAGGAAAAUAUUUCUAGGUUGUAUUUUGUAAUGCAUCAUAUACUUCACAUAACAGUAUUUUACAAGCAAUUUUCAUAAGUUAUGUUUUUAAAGUUAGUGCACAAUAUAAAAUGUACAAUUUAGUUUUUCAAGAUUAGAAGAGUCUUUCAUGCCAGUAUGAUUCUGGUUUAUGCUUAUUUUUUCCUUUAAAGCAUUUUUAAAUUUUGCUUUGAUAUUGAAGCCGCUCUCUUGUGCUAGAAAGCCCUUUUCAAUGGUAGUGACCUGAAGUAUUGCACAAAUAUUACCUCAUUAGGUUUCUGAUCUUUUUUCUAUUUUAACGAUGAAUUUAUUGACUUCAGUAACAUAAUUGUGUCCAGAUUUUAGCAAAACACUUUCCAAGCUUCACUCUGGGAUAGACCCUAGUGCUUUCAAGAUUAUGCUUUGUUAAUUAACUGAUCGAGUAAGUAAUUCCUGUACCCCAGUGGAACAUAUCUGCAUGUAGCUGUUUUACAAGGAUCGCACUCCUCACCUUCACAAGUGAGGAAUUAUGUGCUGUAAAACAUGUUUACCUGGAGCCAGAGAUCCUGCUGCUGUUGCAUGAUAAAACAGGUGUCCUCCUGACUGCAUUGCUCCCCACAGAAUUCCACUACAUGCAUUAACAAAGAGAAUCAGUCCUUUUGGAUUGGUGGAGUUAGUUUAUACAUGUUUUCAUGUGUCUAUGUGGAAAUAAGGCCAGUGGCAAUGGAUGGCAGAUAGCCCAUCUGUCCUCCAGACAGAAAGCAAGGCUCUAUCUGUGCAGCAGACAUCGGCACUGUGCUUUUUGUUCCUGCAAACAACAGGAUUUUUUAAAUGAAGGAUCAUCUCUGGUUCAGGACCAGUGUAUGCAUUUGUCCCCUUGAUUUUAAUAAAACGUUCCCAUUGAGACUGUUUGGGAUGCCGGGGUGGGGUGGGGGAGUUUUUUGGUUCUUAAGUUGUUCCGUAUCUCAAAUCCACCAGCAUUUGAAAGCUGAAGGUCACUUUUAUUUAGUAUUUAAAGCUGGACACAAAUUUCAAUACCAUAUAAAAAUCCUUGGAAAAUUACUGUUUUUAAAUCUGUAAUUCUUUUUUGAAAAAAAAAUCUGUUAACAAUAGGUUUUCACAAGAUAUUACCACCGUGCUUAAAUAGGAAACCAAAAUGGUAUAUCAGAAUGAUAUAAGCUCUGAAUUGUCAUAAGUGUCUGACAUUGUACUUAGUAAACGUAUGCUUCACAAACACUGUAUCUUAGCUGUCACUGAAAUGUCCAAAU